AUGUCGGUGCACCCCAGACCAGCAGAAAGCUCCUCUCGCCCGUCUCUAACGCCAAUGACGGGAAUGCUGACGGAGUCUAUGAUUCACUACACCGUAUUGUAUGCCACCUGCUUUCUGCCUGCAACCAACUAUUAUUGGAUGUUCUCUGGGGCAGGAACUGACGAGAGACCACUCGAGCGGAAGCAUCGGAUCGCGACGUAUUGCGUAGGUUCCCGUUUGAUGCGCCGCAGCGUCGAGCAAAUCCAAGCAGGCUUCAAGAAGGGAAACGUCGAUGACAUGUUAGAAUAUGGUCUUCGGUUGAUGUCGGGUACCGAUGGUGUCCCUCUUGACUUAGAUUCGGCCAUGAAGAUCCUUAAUAAGGUCCUAGAAAGUUGCCAAGCAGAGAACGAGGGCACGAAGGACUUCUCCCUCUCACACCAUAUGACAAGUGGCAUCAAAUUUUGCUCUGAGAGUUGCGGGUUAGGCCUGUACUCCAACAGCUGUUGUAUCCUAAACCAAAUGUGUCUCUCGCUCGCUGAGUUGGUAAAGGUGUUGCCAGAGGAGACGGGUCUGCACGAGAAAGUGGACUUCCUCGACGAACAAUACCUCGAAUUUCUGGAUGAGACCGGCCACCAGAUCAUGAAAUCAAGGGAGUGUCGACGGAAAGGCAGCACCUCGGUGCACCGAAGAGGCCGCGAACGAGAUUGUUGUUGGGGCCAGGAGCUGAAGGAGGGUGGCACCUACGGACACCCCCCCGGUUCUCCUCGCAAGGAGGUGGCCGACGAGAUUGCAGAAGAAGCGUGGAGUCCUCAACACCGCUUGCGUCAACACCGCUUCUGGGUCAACGUCGGAUUCAAAAAGGUGGCGAGCGAGGUCAUCCAGCGGGAUGGCGCAAGGGCGCAAGGCACUGUGUGGGCGGUUGGCGUCUAA